CGACGAUGUCGAUAACUAGUGUUGCGUUGGCUCAAUUACUCGACGCUCGACUUUUCGUGUUCCGACUGCUACUUUUUAUACACAGUACGGGUGUUAAACUAACGCAUACAAGUAGUUGUCGGAUGAAGGAUUGAAGAAUAAGAAAUAUGGAUAUCAAUAACAGUCAGGGUAAAAACAAUAUCAAUAGUGACAUCGGGGAUGUUGGAAAUAAUAAUUUCCGAAAGUACAAACGGAUUACAGCAGGUAAACCGUCAAACACGAAAACCAAAAAACAGUUGGAAAACGAGUUGAACCGCCAGAGGAGUUUUUUUGUCAACUGCAGCCCGCAAAAUUCGUCCGCUGCUUUUCAUAACAACAAACAAGAGGGAGGCUAUUUGAAUARGAGUAAUAGCAGUAUUUUAGGACAAAAGAAACAUCCCACGCUUGCGAUUUAUCGUCCACCGAGUGUUCGAGGUGACAUAAAUAAUAACAGUGAUAAUAUAUAURUAGCCAACAGUCCACAGAAAUCAAAAAAUAUUCAAGAUGCAUCAAACAUAUCUGAGGAUAGCACUAAGCUGAAUGUGCACGCCAAAGAGUUCUCCUUAGAACGUUCCAAUACCGCUCCUCAGUCUAUAGCUAAUGAUGUAAAACCAGAAGAAACUCGACACAGCACUAACACGGUAUUGUCAAGAUCAAGGACAUUCUAUACAAACGGUGAUAUUAAACCUAAUAUUCCAAAGAAAAGUUACGAUUUCAAAAAUAAUUUUGCAUAUAAGAAUAAUUUCCAACAGAUGAAAURCAUACAACAAAAAGAUACUCAGGGUCCAAAAGUGCAAUUCAAAGACCAUAAACUAAAAUCAAAUCCUAUAAUGAACGACCAAUCAAGUAAAUGCGUGAUGGAUUCAAAGAAUGACUUCGGUCUUAGAAGAUCCAAAACCUAUAACGGCCCAGAUGGCAAAUACUACCAUACUACUUCCAAUGAAACCCGUACUUCGUGGAAAUGUCUACCUAACGAAUUUAGUAUCAAAGAUUUAAAUUGUUUUCCCGAAGACAUAAACGAUAUGGCCAAACGUAUAGUAAAAGAUGCAAAAAACUCACCGACAAAAGAUUUGAUGGUUUUGGCAUUGAAAAUAAUUGAAUACGUGGUUAGCAACCAAGAUGCUAUGAAGCCUUCGGUUAAUUUAUCCCUCCACAUAAUUGAGAGAGAUACAAGAGAUACUUACGUCAAUAUGAUCAUCAACACCAUCCAACUGUGGUUCGUAAAACGAGAGAAACUUUUACAACGACMCAGAUUUUUUUCAUACGCUACAUUCGUACUACAAAUGUACAAAGGAAUGAAACAAAAUAAAAUGUUAUCAAACAGAAUGGAAAAAGAAGUAUACUCUCGUAAACAAGCUCUGCUAAUGUUAUUGUUUAAAAUUUGCGAACACUGUUUAACGCCAAACAAGGAGAAUAACACGAUUGAAGAAGCCGAAUGUCUGUUUAACUUAGUGGACGGUAUUGGACGAGACUUGGAACAAGAAUUUCCGGACACGUUAAAACAAUUGUACGUAUCCAUUAGGGACGUAAUGCUGACACAAGACUGUUCGGCACAUGUAAAAAAGACCCUCUUGCAUCUUAUUGAACUGAAAGCGUCGCAAUGGAUCCUWCCACCUUCUACAAUACAUUACUACAACUCGAAAACAAACAUUUAGCGUCUUAUUUUUACUUACCAUUGAGACAACACGUUUAAUAUUAUUUAAAUAAUAAUAUUAUGUUUAAUUGUGACAGUUCUUGAUAAAAA